CGUGGUGGAAUUCGUGGUGCAAUCAGACGAAAACAAAAGGUCGGUUGUACUUUUACGUACAAAAGCCGAAAGAUACAUUUCCUGAGGGCAUACUCCCACCACAGUACGACAUUUUUCCUUGAGCUGUGGACGUAAUUGCGGUCAGAUGCGCCCACACCAGACCGUAACUACAGUCAGAUGCACCCACACCAUACUGUAACUUGUUCGUUUUCUGCACCCGAGCCCGCCUGUAGCGAAAAAAAUAGAAUAUAUUCUUCGGAGAUUCUCCUUCGUUUUAACAUCGCCGCUCUCUCUCCUUUCAUAUUCCACUCGUUCUCCCCGCCAUCGCCGGCGAAGCAGGUGCUGCUCGCGCUCUCAGGGUUGCCGCCGCCAUCGCUACACCUUGGGAUCGCCUCCGCCAUCGCUCCACCUUCAGCCACUUUGCUUCACCGCGCUUCGUUACAAGCGACAAUCAACAGCAAGAAAAUGGCGCGCAAGUUUUUCGUCGGCGGCAACUGGAAGUGCAAUGGCACCGUGGAGAGCGUUUCCAAGCUGGUGGAUACGUUGAAUGCGGGCGAGAUUGUGUCUACUGACAUUGUGGAGGUGGUGGUUGCUCCUACCUUCAUCCAUAUCCCGCUGGUCAAGGAUCGCCUUAGGAGCGAGAUCCAGGUGUCUGCUCAGAACUGCUGGGUGAAGAAAGGCGGCGCGUACACCGGCGAGGUCAGCGCCGAGCAAUUGGUUGAUCUCGGCAUUCCCUAUGUGAUCCUUGGGCACUCCGAGAGGCGACAUAUAUUGAAGGAGAGCCACGAUUUCGUCGGGCAGAAAUGCGCUUAUGCUCUUAGCAAGGGGUUGAAAGUGAUCGCGUGUAUUGGCGAGACGCUGGACGAGAGAGAGGCUGGCAACACAAUCAAGGUGUGUGCGGAGCAGUUGAUUGCCAUCAAGGAGGCCAUUGGCGAGAACUGGAGCGAUGUGGUCGUGGCGUACGAGCCCGUGUGGGCGAUCGGUACGGGGAAGGUAGCGACGCCAGAGCAGGCGGAGGAGGUGCACGCGGAGCUGAGGAAAUGGCUGGCGGAGAACGUCAGCGCGGAAGUCGCGGAGGCCACGCGCAUUCUGUACGGAGGAUCUGUCACGGCGGGCAACUGCAAGGAGCUGGCCAAGAAGCCCAAUGUCGAUGGAUUCCUCGUCGGCGGCGCCGCACUCAAGCCCGAGUUCAUUGAUAUCAUCAACUCCGCUCAGAUCAAGGUGGCUGCCUAGAGAGAGAGAGAGAGAGAGAGAGAGAGAGAGAGAGAGAGAGAGAGAGAGAGAGAGAGAGAGGUUGAUUGGUAGAUGGAUGAAUGAAUUCGUGUGUGUGUGUGUGUGUGUGUGUGUGAGAGAGAGAGAGAGAGAGGAGGAGGAGGAGGAGGAGGAGAGUAAUGUUCGGUGGAUUCGGUGGUUCGAGUUGAAAAGAAUUUUGAGUUGAUUUUAGUUCGACGAAUAAAGCGGAGUUUUGUUGUUUUUCUUUUUUGAGAAUGUGUUUGUGUCGUUAUUCUGCGGAGAAAGAAGAGGAAGAGAUCUGCGGAGAAAGAAAAGGAAGAGAUCUGCGGAGAAAGAAAAGGAGAGAAUUUGGGUAUGUUUCCUACUUAGGAAAGUUCUGAAGUCUGUCUCAGAUCAAUCAUUUUGAUGAAUAUAUCGUGCACGCUGCGUGCUCCUAACGACU